UAACCUGAGCUGUAGAGCUGGAGGGAUGUACACCUGAGCUGCGAAGCACACCCACAGACUAAAAACUCACAGUAGCUUAUGCAUUCUCUCAUGAAGGACAUUUAUACAGGCACAUUUAUGGGAUGCAUAAUACAAAACCAACUGGUCUUUUACUGCACAAAACUGGAAAAAAAAUACAUUUAUUGCACCCUGAUACAUCAAAUAGUACAGCAUGAAGACACAGGUCUGUGUAGACUGGAAAGUCAGCCAAUCUGCUCUCUACAGCAGCUGUGGGCAGGGCUUUCCCGCACUCCUAGUCAAGCUGUUUUUGAAACUUAGAGCACUCCAACAGAGGAUAUCAAGGAGUGUAGAGCAAGAUGAGGAUCUCCCUUUUUCUGUUGGUUGCUGCAGCAGCCGUGGCAGAUUGUUAUGGUAGCAAGUACAGCAGCCCUUCCAAAAGGGAUCUCCUGGUGCGUUCCAAAAGAAGAUGGGUCUUAUCUACAAUUGAAUUAGAAGAAGAGAAGGAUGCACAGUACCCCAUAGAGAUUUCAGUGAUGUAUAACGACAAGACUCAGGGGAAAGACUUUAGGUUCCGUUUAAGUGGUGAAGGUGUGCCGGACGUGUUUACCAUCAAUGAAAACACUGGAGCCGUCUUUGCACAUAAAAAAGUGGACAGGGAGCAAAAGCCACUUUACCAUAUUAACUUUGAUGUCUUGGACAGAAAUACGGGUGAACAACUAGACAAGGAACUAGCAUUUGAUGUUGAAAUACAAGACAUAAAUGAUAAUCCACCCAAGUUCUCUUUUCCUGAAGUAACAGUUAAUGUAAAAGAAAAUAUACAAGGAAGCCUUUUGCCAGUUACCCUGGUGGUCACAGACAAAGAUAAGGAGAACACAGCCAACUCUGAAUUUAACAUCACGAUGGUUUCACAGACUCCAGCAGAGCCCAAAAUUGCUGUGCAGCAACUUCCAGGAGGACUGGCCAAACUCACCUUAAAAGGAUGCUUUGACUAUGAUAAAGCAACAAAGUAUACCAUCGUCUUACAAGCAAAAGAUCGUGGAACAAAGCCAAAGACUCAGUCCUCUACUGCUGUUGUUACCCUGAACAUUGUCGAUGCGAACACUCACCAACCAAGAUUUAAGCAGAGACAGUACAACGGUGAAGCAAUAGAAAUGGAGACCAUUGCUAAUGUUUUGAGAGUUGCUGUGGAGGAUAAAGACACUCCAAACACUGAUGCAUGGCGUGCCAAGUACUCCAUUAUUGCAGGGAAUGAAGAAGGAAUCUACAAAAUUGAAACUGAUCCAGAAACAAAUGAGGGUGUCCUGAGUAUUGUCAAGAAAAAAAAUUUUGAACGCACAACUUCAAUAAACCUGCAGAUUGGAGUAAAAAACAUUGAAGACAUAUUUGUUUGUGCUGGCACAAAUCCACCUACAGACAGAGCCAAUGUCACUCUAAAAAUGAUUGAUACCAACGAUCCACCAGAGUUUGAAAAAGCUAUAGAUGACAUGCACUUGAAGGAGGAAGCAGAGCCAGGAAAGGUGCUGUUCAAGCCAAAGGUUCAUGAUGUCGACUCUAAUAUUACCAGGUAUGUGCUCCUAACAGAUCCAGCUGACUGGGUGGCCAUUGAUACCAAAACAGGAGAAAUCAAAUCAACUAAGAGGAUGGACAGAGAGUCACGAUUUGUUGAUGACGAGAAUGUUUACACAGUCGUCAUAGCUGCCAUAGAUGAUGGUCAGCCUCCAGCCACGAGCACAUGCACUGUCAGGAUCCACCUGACGGACAUCAAUGACAAUACUCCUAAACUGGUCAACAACAGCGUUGUCAUGUGUGGAAACAAGGUUAACAAGGUCAAGGUGCGUGCAAAGGACCUAGAUGCCAUUCCUUACAGUGGACCCUUCCACUUUACUCUGGGGGAUGAAACACAAAAGCAACAGUGGAAAAUAGAACCUGACUAUGGUGAGGAAGUAUCUCUUGUUAGCCAGAAGACACUUCCUUAUCUUAACUAUUCCAUUCCCCUGGUGAUUAUGGACCAACAGGGCAUAGCUGGACAUGACACUCUGCAAUUGACCGUGUGUCAGUGUGAUGAAAAUGAUGUUUGUCGCGACAGAGAGCCGCUUACAACCCGUCUUGGACCAGCUGGCAUUGGGUUGGUUAUUAUAGGAUUGCUUGCAUUUUUGUUGCUUCUAAUUGCAUUUUUCUGCAAGUUUGGACCAGAUAAGAUUUUGCCACAAGAUGAGGGCAAUCAGACUCUAAUCCAGUACAAUCAAGAAGGAGGGUGCUCUCCAUGCAUGACCGAGCCCAAUUUCGUCCAGUCACAAGUAGAUACUAUGGCAGUGACAAAUGGUCAGAUGGAUACCAUGCAGAUUGAUACGGAAGGACCAUAUGACGUAAAUAGGUACAACAGCUCAGUGUCUACCAUGUUCCACUCACUAGGCAUGCAUCAACAAGAAACCUACAGGAGCCAUGGCAUGAGAAGCAUGAGGAUGAACUCUACAUGGAACUCAAACAGAAUGAACACCUAUCGGCAGGCCGGCUCAUCAAUUUACCAACGUUCUUUCAGCCUUCGAUCGGCUGACCGCAUUGAAGACCAUAUCAACAGGAGAUGUAACGAGGUUGAUGGAAAUGUUGUUGACCACCCAACAUACCAACCCCACAGCUAUGCCUUUGAAGGAGAUGGCAGCAUAUGUCAGUCAUUGGAUAAACUGUCAUUCCACGACAUGGGAGAGGAUUUUAAGUAUCUGGAUGAUUUGGGGCCAAAGUUCAAGACUUUGGGACAGAUGUAUGAUGAGGCAAUUAAAAAAAAGAAAGUACAGCUUUAAAAGGCACUGCUGAAAUGUAAAUUGUAUUCCAAGUUUCGCUCCCUAAAAUACAGACUGAGCAGAGAUGAUACACCACUACGUUUUGAUAUUUUUACUUAAAGAUUAUGGACUAUAACAUCUAAUUCAUCCUAAGCCAGAUAUAUUUUGUUGGCAUUAAGAUGGAUUUAACGCACUGGACAGCUAGUGACGCACAAGUGGUUUGUGAAAUGUAAUAACUUGAAAGGGAUUAGGUGUGUUUUCUUGUUUUUUUAGUUUGCUUUGUCAGGGCAGUAUUAUUGGGAAAUUUAAUAGAACUUCUUUUGUUGAAACUGAGAUGACUCCUGUUAGUCACAUUUUUCUAGAGUACUGUUUUGUAAAGGAUUUUUGAUGAGAACACAGGGCUUAUCAUAAUGGGUUAUUGUUCAGGCAAGUUAGAAAUGUCCUUGGCCUAUGGUUGAUGAUCGAGUGACAUACUGGUCUGGAAUUAACACUGGAUAUCCUACAAGAUUAAAACGUUAAUGUUAAUGUUUAGUUUUCGUAUUUGCAUUUCAUGAUACAAAAAUAACAAACUUUAUUCCUAUAACACCUUUCCAAACCAGUCACAAGGUUCUUUAAAUACUUUACAAUACAAAAAUAACACAUUUUUAUAAAAUACAUAAUAAAAUGAAUGACAUAAAAAAAAUGAAAAUAAAAAUGAAAUUAAAAAAAACAAAAAAAGCAAGAUACAUCAUGAAAUGUUAUUUUUAGAAGAGCAAGUGUAUACAGGUAUAUUUUUUGAGUUUACUGGAUGGUUGGACUGAUUGAGCUGAUCUAAGCGUAACAGACUUGUUCCGGGGGCUAAAACAAUAAAAACACUGAUUUUAAGUGAUUUACAAGUAAGAUAGAAAAAUUGGAAACUGUAUAGAAUAGAGAGCAAAUGUGCAUAUUUGUAAAAAAUACUUUCUUUGUUAGGAAUUAAAAUAAAGAUUGUAGUUUUUGGGCUGAAAUACUUCAACUUUUUAAAAUUAUACAAAGAUUUUUUUACACUUUGACAGCAAUUAAUUAUAUUUAUUCAGUUUAUGUUUGCACAAUGCUCCUCUAACCCGACUACUUAAAGUGUGGCUUCAAAAACAUCACUGCAUAGAAAUAUCACUGUAACACUGAGUUGGGUUGUCUGUACUUGUGCAAAGUUUUGAGCUUCGGUUGUAAAACGUUGUGACAGCUCCUUAACAAUGUGCUUUGUUGUGUUGUGCUGACUGUAAGCCGUGUAGUCAUAGCUCUUUCAGCAAGUGUCUGAACUUGUUUGUUUUUUAAAAUACUGGUAGUCAAGGUGAGCCACAGACGGUAAUAUGCUAAACAAAUCUAUGACCAUGUUUGCGCCACAUGCAUAACUUAAAAACCUUUCUCCAUUACAAGUGCAAAUGAAUUGCCAGAAUUCAUAAAAAGACAAAACAUGGAUUAUAAAUAAUAAAACAUAAUAUGAAACAAAAACAGACAGAUGAAGGCAUCGAAUGAGGCGAUAAUAAGGGCAUUAAAGACAUGUAAAGAAUCUUAAAGUUCACUUUCAUUUUUUCCAUUUCUUCUGGCUAGUGUAAGUGAGGUGCGGUAGAUCAUGGUUCAAAAGGAAACUAAAAUUUGAACUUGUUGAUGCAUUUUUGCUGACUUUUAUUAUUCCAAACUUUUUUUCUUAAAACCUUUUUUUAGCUUCUACAGUAGGAAAGUUUGAGAAUGACUGGGUUAAAGUGAUUAAAGUACAUACAAGAACGCAUAGGGGGUUUCUGUGUUUUUUUAAAGUAAGCCUGCUUGUUUUAGAAAAACAGUUUGUUUAGUUAUUUUACUUUGUUUUUUUUGCAUGGGGUGGUUUUGGCAAUGAUCUUCCCACGCAGGGUGUUGUUCAUUAACAGUUCUUAUCUGUUUUCUGAAGAAGUGAUUUCAUCAGUGCUGCUGGUAAAGGCUCUGAAAGGCUGUUUUGCUUCAGGCCAUAAAAUAGUUAUUUUAAUAAUAAAGAGGAACAUCCCAACAGUAAAAAAAUAAAAUAAAAUCCUAGCAGACAGGAGCCAGGGCUCUAUUCCUGAUCACUAAAUAGGCAAAUCAUAGACAAAUUGGUAAGUCACUGAAAAUGUAUAUUCUCCUGUGUACAUUAUUUUCCAGAAAGCGAUCUUCUUCCCUUUCCCUACCAGACUCAGAGGAAUUGACAAAGUUUUUUUUUCUGAAGGUUUUGGAGAUCUCCAUAGCUGCACAGUGCCACCACAAACUUCAGCAGUUGUAGGGGUAAAUAAGUUUAACCCGUCACUCUGUAAGGAGGCUCAAAUUGCUGACAUCUAAUCUGGUUUGAUUUCCCAAAACUGAUGGUUUUACUUUUCCCAUGACAUGGCGUGUGGGUUUCCUUUAUUUGAAUUUGACUGCAACGCUUUGAACACAAUGUUUUAAAGAGGAUCAAAUUAUUGCUGCUACUCAAUUUGAUGUGUUUAAAAUACAUAAAAAGAUUUCUGUCACUUAGUUAGAAAGAAAGCGAAACAACUAUGAAAGCUUUUAUUAUCAGCAAUCAAAUCACUUCUUGAGAAAAGGGCCUCAAGUUAGGAGUGGUGUAAUUGUUUAUUAUUUCCAGAUAAGUAUGCAAGUUCCUGCUUAGGUCCUUCAGCUCAAUGGCUAAAUGAAAUAAAUCAAAUCACUUAAAAAAA